AUGCCUGCUAUUCGACAUGCCUCCAAGCGCAAGCCGCCACCUGAAGGCUUCAGCGACAUCGAAGACGAUUUAUUGAUCUUUGCGAACAAGAUGAAGGAUGCCCAGAACAAGCCGCCACCCCCAGGGCCGAAACACAAGGCGCAAUGGGAGAUCUUCCAGAUUACACAUCAGCGCAGCCGCUACAUCUACGAUUUAUAUUACGAAAAGGAAGCCAUCAGCAAGAAGCUCUACGAGUGGCUGCUGAAGAAUGGUUACGCCGAUGCGAUGCUCAUUGCCAAGUGGAAGAAGUCGGGUUAUGAAAAGCUCUGCUGCCUUCGCUGUGUUCAGACCAAGGAGACCAACUUUAGCAGUACUUGCGUUUGUCGCGUGCCUCGAGCCGACUUUAAAGACGACCACGACCUAGAAUGUGUAAGCUGCGGCUGCAGAGGAUGUGCCACUGGCGAUUAA